GUCUACCUAAACAUGCUAUCUCACCACUCCUUAAAGCAGCUGAAUCCUCUUCCGUUCUUUUAAUUACUGAAUCAUGGCUUCUCACACCUAGCAAGUAUCCAGUAUCAACCUAUUCAAUCGAGCAUGAAUCGAGAUAGCCUUGGUAUAGCUCUACUAGCUAACCCUUUCAAUCCCUUCUCAGUACAGCAUAUUCCUCAUAAGAAUGACAUAUUAGCUAAGUAUGCCUUGUCUUUCACUAUUUCAACAUACCUUGUUCACUGUCUUUAUUUACCUCCUUCUUUACCACACACCGAAUAUUCCGAUAUUCUCAACUUGCUUCCUCCAAAUAUGUCAAACACUGAAUCCACCAUCAUUUGUGGCGAUCUCAAUGCACAGAUAGGCAAAGUUACUGGAGACACUUUACAUAAUCACCGAGGACAGUUACUAUACGAAUGGAUCAAUUCUCACAAUAUGACAAUAUGGAAUGAACGACUAGCAUAUGGAUCACCCACUUUUAUGAACUAUUCUGGCAGCAGUAUUAUCGACUAUUUCAUUAGUAUGACAGAACCGUCAUACUCAAGUUUAAUAAUUCGGGACGAUCUAUCGCUUGACUCCUAUUACAAGUUCAUGAACCUAUCCUUUCAAGCAUCAGCUCCACCUCAGAGGCCCCUCCCGUCUAAAGGAAUCUUGUGGUACUUGGGCAAGUUAAAAGAUAAAAAGUUAAGAGCUCAAUACAAUAAUCGUUUUUCCCAUCUUACCAAGGAUCAUAUACCUACUACUGCUCCCUCCUUUGACAACAGGGCCUCUGCAUCGGCAUAUAUUGAAAAACUCAAUCACGACCUAUGUCAAGCGAUCUACCAAUCUCUGGAUGAGGUCUGUGACUGUAAUACGCGACAAUGGUGCAGCCCCCUGCAACAAUUCUGGACAGCUGAUUUGCAAGAGGUCUUCGAACUUAAGGAACACUACUAUAGAAAAUGA